AAUCUAGCCGGAACUGCCGAAACCGUCGUGCUGCGGCUGUGGCUGAAUCCUCGUAACUGAUGGCGACUGCCAGUAGCGACUUUGUGGGGACUGAAAGGCUUCUUUACCGCAUUAGCCUGUAAUAUACCAGCAAUCAUGACAGUUCAACUGAUGAUUUGACCGCUCAGUUUAUACGCUAAGCCGUCCAGUGCUCCAUGCUGCUUAACUUGUUCUGCAUCUUGUUCGUGCUUGCCAUGACAAAGAUUUGAGUCGUUCAAGAGUUUGGGGACUUCGCGCUGUGGAGCCGACGUACUGCUCAUGUCGUCCCUGCAAAAGCAAGUGCUGAAGAAUAGGUUGCCUCCCAUGCGACCGAAGCCGUUCUCCAGGGGUAGAGGAAAGUCUGGAAUGCUUCGGAGAGACUAUACGCCGUUAUCCUGGCGCGACUACUUUUCCGAAGCGCUGUGGGUCAGAACAUCUGACAGUGAUACUUUUAGGGUGUACAUGAAAGGAUCCCAAGGACCUCUCCUUCUCCUCCUCCAUGGAGGUGGCUACAGUGGCCUCACGUGGGCUUUAUUCGCAAAUGAAGUUUGUCAAAUCGUGGAAUGCCAGGUAGCCGCUCUUGACAUUCGAGGCCACGGUGAAACAGUAACAUCUGAAGAAAUGGACCUGUCUGCAGACACACUUUCCAAAAUUUUGUGCUUUUACAGUGAUGUAGGCAACGUUUACAACGCAAUGUACCCGGAUGAGUCUCAUCAACCGCCAGUGGUUCUUAUUGGACACAGCAUGGGUGGAGCAGUAGCUGUUCAUGCUGCCUACAAGGGUGUCAUCCCCAACUUGAUUGGCCUCAUCGUCAUUGAUGUUGUAGAAGGCACUGCCCUGGAAGCACUUCAAAACAUGCAGUCAUUCCUGCGAGGAAGGCCUUCUUCAUUCAAGUCCUUGGAGUAUGCUAUAGAGUGGUGUGUUCGUAGUGGCCAGGUGCGCAACUUGGAGUCUGCUCGUGUCUCCAUGCCAAGCCAGCUCAAAAAUGCCAAGACUGGAGAGCCAGCAACCAAAGGCUUGCCUGACGCACCAACCAGUUCCGUGUCAGAGGACUCACCACAUGGUCUGCCUGUAAAUGAUGCUUCACCUCGAUCCAUGCCUAGAGAGGACCAAAUUGCUGAAAUUCCAGAGGACGAUAGCAUGCCUUCUCCGAGCUCAUUCACUGGAUUCAGACAGCCAUCGCCAGUGUGUUCGGACGAUUCUCCGAAAUUCGUUUGGCGGAUAGACUUGUCUGGAACCGAGGAAUAUUGGAAAGGAUGGUUUGCAGGCCUGUCUUCUUUGUUUCUCUCUGUCCCAGCUCCGAAGCUCCUCCUUUUGGCAGGGGUGGACCGACUAGACAAGGAUCUCACCAUUGGUCAGAUGCAAGGGAAAUUUCAAAUGCAAGUACUUCCUCAAUGUGGCCAUGCUGUACAUGAGGAUGUCCCAGGAAAGGUAGCUGAGGCUGUAGGAACGUUUCUUGUACGCAACAAGUUUGCUGUACCUGCAUCAAAUUUUCAAAGGACAUUUCCAGCCUGCUAGAUUUCACUCAAGUUGUAUUGUCUUAUGAGUAUUGCACUAAUAAAAUGUUGUGUAAUGUUGAAAAUACCACACAUAUCGUGGGUACAAA